AUGACUCUGAAAGACUGUGCAACCCCAGGCAUCAAGGUUGCCUUGAUCGACGACGGUGUGGACUACAAAGAUCUCCCGGACUGCAACUUCAUCGGCGGACAAAGCUUUUCCACGCGAGACAGGACCCGCAACCUCAUCCACCCUUUUUACGCCUCAAGCAUCGGUCAUGGCACCGCCAUGGCGAGGCACAUCUACUUCAUGUGCCCCGGUGCUGAGAUCUACGUCUUGCGACUGGAUGACUAUCCUGACAUGGAUAAUUCCAACAUCCAACGCAUCACAGCCAAAAGCGCAGCCAAAGCCAUCAAGGUGGCAGUCCGAAAGGGCGUCGACAUCAUAUCCAUGUCAUGGACCAUUGAGCCUUCUGGCACCAACUCCAAAGACGACCAGGAUCUGGAACGCGCAAUCUCUGCCGCUGCUGCCCAGGGCAUUCUCAUGUUUUGUUCCGCUCCUGACCGUGGAGCAAAACAGACAGACACCUUCCCCUCCAAAGCUGCACCCGGGAGGAUCUUCACCAUCGGUGCGGCAUCCACGUGGGGUAACUCCGUUCCGGCAGUCGGGAGCUUGGAUGGCAUAACCUUUACUCUCCCCGGUGACAAAGUCAGCAUCCCCGGCAUUGAAAAGGCUAGCAUAGCAUACAAGGAUGGUGUAUCGGGGUCAUCUGUCGCAACGGCUCUGGGAGCAGGUUUAGCAGCGUUGAUCCUGUACUGUGUGAAGGUUCAUCAUGCUCUCACCAAACCUGGUCCGGAAAAAGACAGGAUACAAGAAGAUUUCGAAGCGUUGAAAAAGCAUGAGAACAUGCUCAAGGCCAUCAAUGGCAUUGGUAUAACGGCCGACACGAAGUUUGUCAUGGUAUGGAAUGUCUUUGGGCCCAAGGGACGUCAAAAGAAAGAGUGGUCUGCUGGCAACGAGUACAUUACACUGAUCGGUGAGGUUGGGAAGAUUUUGUGUACGAAGCUGCUGUAA